GUCGAGCAUGCCCGGAUGCACGCCAAGCACCGGGGCCACGAGGCCAUGCACGCCGAGAUGGUCCUCAUCUUGAUUGCCACGUUGGUCGUCGCCCAGCUGCUCCUGGUACAGUGGAAACAGAGGCACCCUCGCUCCUACAACCUGGCAAGUGGCAAACAGCUGGUGUACAAGUGGUUUCUCCUAAUAUACAAAAUCAGCUACGCCACAGGCAUCGUGGGCUACAUGGCUGUCAUGUUCACACUCUUCGGACUUAACUUAUUAUUCAGGAUUAAACCGGAAGACGGGAUGGAUUUUGGGAUCUCCCUCCUGUUCUACGGCCUCUACUACGGAGUCCUGGAACGCGACUUUGCAGAAAUGUGUGCGGAUUACAUGGCCUCCACCAUCGGG